AAGUACGACUAUUCUGCAAGAAGCGUCAAAAUGGAGGAGGAGCCAAGGGCAAACGUAACCCGGAAGCAGUAGCCUGGAAAGGAGCAUGUUUGCAGAACCUUGAGCUGAAAUGUUGGGGAAACGAGAACGUCGUUUUUCUUCUUUUACUUAGAUUCUCAGCUGAAAGAGUGAAAGAGAAGCAUCCUCAAGAAGUGAUCACAGGGUUGAGAAUGAAAAACUCUGACCGUGGACUAAACAACCAUUGUUAUAAUACAGGCCGUGCCUUUAUCCACUGCUGAAAUGAGUCGCCACCUGCGUAUUUGGCUUUUUCGGAAUCCGUCUCUUAAUGCUGACCCCUGGAGACGCAUCUUCCUCUGCUGUCAGCAGUUUAGACAGAUAAGUCUUGAUACAAGGCAGUGGGAUUUUAGACAACACAAGAGUCACGUUCUCCAUCAGCUAUUAAGUAAGAGUAGGUCCAGGAGCUACUGUCAUCAAGAUACGAAGAUGCUUUGGAAACAUAAAGCCCUACAGAAGUACAUGGAAGACCUGAAGAAAGAGUACCAAACCCUUGAUCGGUGUUUGCAGGGCACCUCUGAGGACGAAGGCGACCGAAGGGCCUUACACAGAAGGCAUGCUGAAUUGGCACCACUUGCAGCUGUUUAUCAAGAAAUUCAGGAGGCCGAACAAGCCAUUGAAGAAUUAGAGUCAAUGUGUAAAAGUCUACAUAAACAGGAUGAAAAGCAGUUGCAAGAACUUGUAUCAGAAGAAAGGCAAAUCAUUGAUCAAAAGAUCAACACAUUGUAUAGUGAGCUUUUUGAGCAGCUAGUGCCAAAGGAGAAAUAUGACAGAAGUGAUAUUAUUUUAGAGGUGACAUCUGGAAGAACUACGGGAGGUGAUAUCUGCCAACAGUUUACCCGAGAAAUAUUUGAUAUGUACCAGAAUUAUUCAUACUAUAAACACUGGAAAUUUGAGCUGCUGAAUUACACACCAGCAGAUUAUGGUGGACUCCAUCACGCAGCUGCCCGAAUUUCCGGAGACAGCGUCUAUAAGCAUUUGAAGUAUGAAGGUGGAAUCCAUAGAGUUCAGCGAAUCCCUGAGGUGGGCCUCUCAUCAAGGAUGCAGCGUAUUCAUACAGGAACAAUGUCGGUUAUUGUCCUUCCUCAGCCAGAUGAGGUAGAUGUGAAAGUAGAUCCCAGGGAUCUGCGAAUUGACACAUUUCGAUCCAAAGGAGCAGGAGGACAGCAUGUUAAUACCACAGACAGUGCUGUGAGGCUCGUCCAUAUCCCCACAGGACUGGUGGUAGAGUGCCAACAAGAACGAUCACAGCUGAAAAAUAAAGAAAUAGCUCUGCGUGUGUUGAGAGCUAGACUCUACCAACAGAAAGUUGAGAAAGAGAAGUGUCAGCAACAGAGUGCUAGAAAACUGCAGGUGGGAACAAGAGCACAGUCAGAGAGAAUCCGGACAUAUAAUUUCACCCAGGAUAGAGUGACUGACCAUAGAAUAGCAUUUGAAGUUCGGGACAUUAAGGAAUUCUUACGUGGUGAGAAAGGCUUGGAUCAGCUAAUUCAGAGACUGCUUCAAUCAGCAGAUGAAGAGGCCAUUGCUGAAGUUUUGGAUGAAAGCCUUAAAUCAAUGAAAUAAAUAUGGCUGAUUAUUUAUUUUAUAAAGGAAGUGGACUUUGAUCAAGAAGUAAACAAGUGUGGAAAUCCUAAUGAAUAUUCAUAAAGUGUAGCUGUGCAUACAGACUUUUUAUAGAAUCAUUUUAAUGAAUGAAAUCACAACUUUUUGGUUUUGGUUUUUGAUUUUGCAAGGCAAAGUUUCUCUGUGUAGCCUUGACGGUCCUGGAACUCUCUUGCUCUAUAGACCAGGCUAGCCUUGAACUCAGCAAAAGUCACAUUUCUUGACAUAAAGUUUUAUUUUGGGUUUCAGCAAAUAACCCAACUCCUCAAGUAGAAAAUAAGCUUGUAACAUCAAAAAGAGAAAUAAAAUAUCUAGACUUGA